GCAUGUUCUAAAUACUAGUAAGACUCGGUGACAAGCUAUUGCGUGUGUGUCAACCGAUUCCUUAGGUUGCAACCACGAGAGCCUUUUCAAAAUUUAGCUGCUGUACACUUUAGAACUCCAUAUCUUGCUAGCUAACGUUAUUUGAACUUUUUUCAAGUUAUACGUUAACAAAGGUAGCAGGCUAGCUCGCUAACUGCUUAGAAAUGGAGUCUUUUAUCAAAUUCACGAAUCAAAGCCAGGGAAGGGACCGAAUUUUCAGAACAACUCAAUACGCAUGUGCUUUUAUAAAGUAUUUGCUGCGAAAUAAGGCUGCCAGGCAAGAACUUGUGAAAAAGCUGCAAAGUCUGGAAUCCAAUAUGAGCUCAGGAAGAAAAUUAUUCCGACUGGGUAACACGGUGAACGCCGUGGACGCCGCCAAACGAACCUUGCGCCUCUCAGACCCCGUGCUGCGCUUCUGCCUGACCGUGGCCAAUAUCAACCGUGCUUUGUAUUUCGUUUGCGACAACGUGCUGUGGGCGCGAAACGUGGGGCUCAUCCGCGAUAUUGACAAGGAACGCUGGAGCUUUAACGCUUCCCGCUGCUACUACUUCUCUCUGGUCAUGAGUUUGACCCGAGAUGUAUAUGUCAUCACUCAGAUCAUGGUGCUGAGAGCUCGCCAGAGGCGGCACCAGCAGAAGGUUGAUCAGAAUCAAAAUGACCAUAGGGAUGUGGCCUCUGUCCUUGUCCCUAAGCUCGAUGCUUUUCUGUUCUUGCUCUAUGAGAGUCUGAAGAGCAACCCACCGGUUGUCCUUGACACUGUGAAAAAUUUGUGUGACCUGUUCAUUCCGCUAGACAGGUUGGGGAUAUACCAGACCAAUGCUGGGGUGGUGGGGUUCUGCGGACUAGUCUCCUCUCUUUUAGGAAUACUGUCAGUCGUGAGACCCACUUUGAAAAUAACACCCUAAAUUUACCCACAAAGGGAGAGUCAGGUGGGGGUGCAUUUAUUCUAACCACAGUGGAGCUUUGUCUGUUGAGCUACACAUUUCAGCAGGCUUUAUUUCCUUUAGAUUCUUACUUUGUGGGUUAAUUUCAAUGAUUGCAUAACUUUUGGUGGUGUGUAAGUACUGAGAAAAAAUGACAAUUGCUUACACUCACCUUUCGAAGUGAAGGACAAAAGACCAUCGUGGUUAGAUUGAACACCCCCUGUAAUAGAUGUAUAUGUUCAUGUCUGACACUGGAGUGAUGAAUCAUGAGCUUCAGGGGCGUUCUGCAAUCACAACUUGCAUUUUUAAACUGUUCUGAAGCCUCUAGCCUUGCUGGUACGUACCUGGCACCUACAGUGUUAGCUCCAGUCUUUUGAAGUUGUGACUGUUGGAUGUCUGUGCAUCUUGAAAGAUACUUAGCACUAAAAGGGAAUGACCAUAGGAGUAAGAUAUAUGAAUUGGAGUAAAAUGGACUCUUGACCCUCUUUGGGAGAAUGUAGUGAUAAUGCACUGAAUUAUCAAUGGGAACAGAGUAAAAAACAUAUGAGCCCGCUACUCAGAAUUUCUGAAAAAUUUGGUGGAUCAGAGGACCCUUUUUAGAUGGCUAACAUCUUUCAGUCUGUGACUUGUUUCAACCAGUAUCAAAAUUGCAAUGUACUGUAUGGAAGCUUAAGUAUAGAUAGCUAGCAUAGAGGUACAAUAUAGCAGUGGCUCAGUAGCCCCUGAAGAUAGUAGUUUGGUUUGAAUUGCUCAACAGUCAAAUGUUUACCUUGUGGUUUUACAGUUACUAUUGUCCUCAAAUCCUGAGUAGCUCACACAGCUAGUCAGCAUAGUCUACCUCGGAUCUAUAGAUAACCAGCGUUCCUUUCAUAGUCUCACAACUGUCCACCUCAGUAAUCCUAAGGGCUAGCUCCUUAAAAUAGGAUUCCUCAGAGUUUUAUACAGGAAAUUACACAUUAAAAUAGAAUUUUCUUUCAUAAGCAUGUGGUGUAUUACGAGAAGAAUCAUGCAGAACAGUGAUAAAUUAGUGAUACUGAAGAGAGCUCAUUUUCACCAGGCAAGUGGUGAAGUAGUUAUUACGACAGCAAAACUGCCAUUGUUUUUAAACACAUAAAUCGGGUUAAAUUUAUGACAGGGUGUGUGUUAAUAAAUAUGUAUACAUUAGCCAAUAAAUCAUGAAAUUUUAAUUAUUUAAGUGAUUAAUUUUGGUCACUGUUUUUG